CCUAGUUCCAGAUGCGGCCGGUGGUGAGGUAGUCGCCGGAGAUAGGAACACGAGAAUGAGAAAAUGAGAAUGGGCCGGUGCAUCGGCAACCGCAACAGGAACUACUUAUGAAAGAAGCCGGCGCUGUGAAUAAAAAAAAGUAGUUUCAGAGGCGCCAGCACGUCCGAGGAUGGCGAAAAACCAGGCGCCACAGUCCGCCAUCCUGACGGAUGCGCGGGCGCAAUGGAUGGCCGCACGCGUGACCGAGUUCAUGCCCGGUUUCGAUGGCGAUCUGUACCGAGAUUUGAUGAACCGCGAAGGAGAGCGGCACAGCAAUGCGCUGCGGGAAUUUCUCGACGAGGCAGACGCCGGAACCACGGCGUUCUUCUAUGUCAUCGACCCGACAACAAAAGAGCAGGCCGAGGCCGCCACUGCUAGCAAGUCGAGUGUUGCGAGCGGUGGCGCCGCAGCGGUCGAGGCAAUAGAAGAUGACGACAUGCUGGCAGCAGAGGGCGGAAGUGCGGCGGGCUCCAAAACCCGGUCUGCCGCGACGACCAAGUUGCGGGGCAGCGUGCACAAAACACUUUUCAGCAAGCGGCUCGCUGGGCGGAUCGACCCGACGAAAAGGAGGUCGGGGUGGCUCUCCAUAAACUGCCUCCCGAACUUAUCAAAUGCAAAAAUGUCUGGGUCUGGAAGAUUGCGAGCCUUGUCAUGCUGAUCUGGCAUGGCCCUUAAAUCUGUAUUGUGUGGCCCUUAAAUCUGUCCCGCAACGGGGUUCGCCUAUGUCGGUCAUUUGUAUGCGAGGCGAUGGGUUACCCGGUCGGCAGAGCCGAUCCACACGAACGAACGAACGUGGCCACAAACAGCCCCUCUCGCCUGUCAUGCAAAAACGCAGUUUCUCAAGCGGAAUACGCAGCACAGAAGCACGAAGCAACGCGUCAUGCUUGGCGGCGCAUUACAGUGCAUUUGUUAUUGACUGACUUGCAUCACAAGUUUCCAGACCCAGACAUUUUUGCAUUUCAUAGAACUCGGCGGAGGUGGAGAGCGGCAGCGUGGUCUACUUCCACAAGAUCCAGUCCGGGAAGGUGGACGUGGCGGGCGUGGUGCUGCAGGAGGGCAUGCGAAGAAGUCUGCUUUCCGGCAUGACCGAGUCGCACUUUCUGCUCGAUUUGAAACUCAUGAUGCAGAACAUCUACGUGCCGCUUUUCUACAAGUCCAGCAGGGUGAAGCACUCGGCUUUAGCGGACAUAGACGGCGAGGAGCAGGAUGCGGUGGACCGGCAGAAGACGGUAAGCCAAGACGACACGGCCUCCGGCGUGGGGGACGAUGUCGUCGCGGCUGCCGCCCCGGUGGUGGAAGAGCUCCCGGGGGCGAUUGAAUUCCUACCCACACACAUCUACGAGGAAAUACAAUCGCUGACGAACAAGUUUUCGAACCAAGUCGGCCAAGCCGCCUCGCAGGUACAACAGGCGUGGGAUCAUGAACAAGAAAAUCAAGUUGAUGGUUCUUUUUUUGAAUUAUUCUCUAACUUCGCUUACUAGGUAGGUGGCGCUGCAGUAGGUACUACUUGUCCGCUUGUUUGAGAGGACACCAGGUUGAAAAAUAGAGAAACAAAACAGGUUUACGGCAGCGUGAACAUCCGGGUGCCUGAGGUCGCUUCCCAGUACAGCGACGAGACCGUCGACACCAUGAAGAAGGAGGACCUGGCUGUUUUGGAAGGAGCGGUGGAGGAGUGGACCAAGAUCAUGGAGGCCACGGUGAAGCGGGAAACCAGCCGCGGGCGAGCAAACAAGUACCCCAUGGCGGAAAUCGAACUGUGGCGCGAACGCUCUUCCAACAUCUCCACGCUCUACGAGCAACUCUCGAUGCCGGGCGUGACGCACCUCCUCCGUCUGCUCCACCGGCACCCGCAGCAGUCCACCGGGAUCUUAGCGACCACGUUUGAGGACCAGUUUGGGGAACUCGCGAAGAUGCACGCGGAAGCGAAGGACAACGUGAAGUUUUUGACCACACUGGAGCGACAUUUUAAAAACCUGCAAACGGGCCCGGUGACGCAAAUCGUGGAGAUCCUCCCGUCUCUCCUCAAUUCUAUCCGCAUGGUCUGGAUUAUUUCCCGGUAUUUCAACAUCGACGAGUACAUGGAGCCGCUGAUGAAGCGCGUCGCGGAGCAGAUCGCGGACAAGGUGGAGGAAGCGAUCCAGAUCCCCGCCAUCUUUCAAAUGUCGGUCCACCAGGCGAUGAAACUGAUCGCGGACUGCCGCGACGCGCUGGACAAGUGGGAGGUGGUGUACCUGCAGACCAGGGAAAAGAUCGAGGAGAGCGGGACGGACCACCGGUGGGAGUUCGAUCGGCUGAAAUUGUUCAAAAAGACGAAGUUCAUGAGCAAAAUCUGCGGCGAUCUGUUCGAGGUCACGCAAGUGCUGGACCAGUUCUACAAAUUUCUCGGUCCGGAGUUGAAAGAAGUGACGGGCGACAGCGCGGACAUCGACGAGCUCUUGAAAGAAGUGGCAGACUUGACGAGAGCAGAACUUCAGAAAGUCUCUGCUCGACGCGCUUUCGACGAGCGGAACUACUCGACCGUGUGGGAACCUAUGAUGGGGCGGUUCCGCGAACGCGUGGAGGUGAUCGAGCGAAGGGCGAUUGUCUUUCUGGACACUUUAUCAAAUGCAAAAACGUCUGGGUCUGGAAGAGUGCAAGUUUGUCAUGCUUGUCUGGCAUGACUCGAGAAUCUGUGUUGCAUAGGCACGAAAGAGCCCCCUUAACUGUCGUUCGAAAAGGCAGUUUGCCAUGCGGAAUACGUAAGACAUGGCAGCCACAAAAUUUGUCAUGCAUAGCUGCACAUUGCGGCGCGUCUAUCAUUCACUUUUAGCAUUACAAGUAUCCAGACCCAGACACUUUUACACUUGAUACACUUCGUUUCAGAAUUUGCGGUCCGCGGAAGGCGCGUUUCAACUGCUGCAGAACUUCAAGAACAUCGAAUCGCGGGAGACGAUCAACGCGAAGAUGAGCGAGAAGUUCGCGGACAUAUUAAAGCAGUACGGAAGCGAGGUACUAUGAUCUAGAUUAAUUGAUGGGAUUUUACUUAUGUGGUCAUAAGGAGGGUACUAGCGUUUUGACACGACGACGGUUUAUUUUUUCGAUCUUGAGAAUGAUGUAAAUGAUGAAAAUAAACCGACCUCCUGCUAAAACAUUGAUCAACAGGUCAAGCGCAUGCGCGAGCUCUUCGAGAAAGAGAGCGUGAACUACAAGCCGCCGAAAGACGUGCCACCACUAGCGGGCAGCAUCGCGUGGGCGCGGAGUAUUUUUGCCCGCAUCAAGCGGCCGGUUCUCAGCUUCAAGACGAUGCCGCAGCUGUUACAAACCCCCGAGGGGCAGGUUGCUUGCCGCGACUACGUGGAUCUGGGGAAGGACAUUCUCGCGUUCGAGCAGAAUCUGUUCGCAGAUUGGGAGGAGCAAGCCGUAUCCACCGUGCAGGAGGCGCUCGGGAACAACAUUUUGUGCAAAAAAGAGGGUGGUGGCUUCGCGGUCAAUUUCAACGUGCAACUAGAUUUGCUCACCCGGGAAGCGAAGAUGCUGGACCAGCUUGGCGGGUUUGAGUUGCCGCAAUUAGUGCUCAACGUCGGGCUACAGGAGGAGAAAUACAAGCAAUUUGUCGAGCAGCUCCAGCUUCUCGCGAAUGCGUACGACGAGGUGGUCGGCGACAUGUCCACGGUGCAGCGAAAUCUCCUCAAAGGUCAGCUCCGCGAGCUCGACGCCUGCAUGGAACCCGGGUUGGGGGUGCUCAACUGGAACUCCCUGGGGAUCCUGGACUUCAUCGAAGAGGGGAACCGCGGGGUCUCCACGCUCCGCUCCGUCCGGGAUCAGGUCGAGAAAUCCCAGGAACGGAUCGAAAACGUCGUGGACGCGAUCGAAAAGGCCAUCCUCGUGAAACCGUUCAACUGGGAGCAGGAGGACCAGGAAGUGAUGGACCACCAGGAGUUCUACGAGUACUUUGAGAAGUUCCGCGAGCAGCAGGUGGCUGACCUGGUGAAGAAGUACGAGUCAAUUUCACCCUUUUUGAUCAAAAUCGAGGAAACCACCGCGGGCACGAAAACCGGGUCGAGCCCGGCCAUGGCGGAGUACUAUGUGUACUGGGAAAGGCGGAUCUUCAACGCGAUCACGACCAUGCUGAUCCGCGCGAUGGCCAGCUUCCAGACCCUGUUCACGAAUAGUAACUUGACCGCGCAGGACUCGUUGACUAUGCAGCAGGAGGCCAGCGUUUUGGCCGUGCCCGGCUCUUUCGCGCAGGGCGUGAUGCAGAACUUGCUCGCGCCCGGCGCGACCGACACCAGCUACACGAAUCCGGUGGGAAAGAUGGAGGCACCGGCGAAGUCGGUGUUGCUGAAAAUCAAGGCGCAAUUCAAUGCGCCGGACGUGGUUUUGUCCACGCUGCACCAGGUCUUCAAGACGAUCACCAAACUGCUGCAGAACGUCCUACAGUCCGCGCACUUCUUUGUCCGCUGGAUGGAGGGCACUUGCAGAUUAGUUCCACCGCCGCCUCAGCAGGAGGAGGACCAAAAGCUGACGGACUUCACCUUCUACCGGGAUAUCUACCAGAACCCCGCGCUGAUCGAGAUGACAAUCGCGAUCCAGAACAACAUUCAGAACGUGUUCCAGGUGAUGAGCAAAUUCCUGCGCUCCUGGAAGAAGUACGACACGCAGUGGAGAUUGUGGGACACCAAGGGAAAGCAGGAGUUGGAGAAGCUUUUUGACCGAAAACCCACGGUCGUCUUCUUCGACGUAUACAUCAACGUCUACAAGGGAUUAGCGGAGGGGCUGGCGUCGUAUCCGAGGGAAAAAGGUAUGUCGAGCCUCAUCAUGAUCAUGAUGAGAAAAGACUGGAAUAACCUUAUUUUGCGGUGGUUAAGUGUUUCGCUUAUGUGUUUCGCUUAUCUGUUUCGCCUAAGUGUUUCGCUUAGGAGUUUCCCCUAAGUGUUUCGCUUAUGUGUCUCGCUUAUGUGUUUCGCUUGUGUGGUUCGCUUACGUAAGUGCUUCGCUUAUUCGCUUAAGUGCUUCGCUUACGUGUUUCGCUCACGCGGUUCGCUCACGCGGUUCGCUUAAGUGCUUCGCUUAAGUGCUUCGCUUCAGUGCUUCGCUUCAGUGCUUCGCUUCAGUGCUUCGCUUCAGUGCUUCGCUUCAGUGCUUCGCUUCAGUGCUUCGCUUCAGUGCUUCGCUUAAGUGCUUCGCUUCAGUGCUUCGCUUAAGUGCUUCGCUUCAGUGCUUCGCUUAAGUGCUUCGCUUAAGUGCUUCGUCUUAAGUAGUGCCUCGCUUAAGUAGUGCCUCGCUUAAGUAGUGCAUCGCUUAAGUAGUGCCUCGCUUAAGUAGUGCCUCGCUUAAGAAAGUAGCGCCUCGCUUAAGAAAGUAGUGCCUCGCUUAAGUAGUGCCUGGUCGAGAUUUUGCGCCACUUCAGGAAGUAGCGCCUCGCCCAAGUAGCGCCUCGCUUAAGUAGUGCCUCGCUUAAGUAGUGCCUCGCUUAAGUAGUGCCUCGCUUAAGUAGUGCCGCGCUUAGGUAGUGUCGCGCUUAAGUAUUGCCGCGCUUAAGUAGUGUCUCGAUUUGCCUCGCUCUUAAGUAGUGCCUCGCUAAAGUAGCGCCCCGCUUAGGGGUAGUGCCUCGCAGCUUAGGUAGUGCCUCCCUUAAGUAGUGCCUCGCUUGAGUCGUGCCGCGCUGAAGAAAGUGGAGCGCUUGUCCUAGGUGCAGCGCUUCUCAGGUGCAGAGGUUCGCUGAGGCGUUGCGCUGCGUUCACGGCUUCGAAUGCUUGCCUGCGCGACUCCUUCUUCUUGGGAGCUGCGAAACCUAAAAAAAAAAACAGAUAUCGGCUUCGUCCGCAUCGAUUCCACGGCCGUGAUUGCCGGGAUUCGCGCACAGACCAUGGAGUGGGUCCAAGCCUACGGAAGCAUUCUCCAGCGCCUCGCGCAGAGGGAACUGGAGCUCGUGACGAAGGAGAUCGCGACGUUCACCGAGCAGCUGUCUUGCGAGACGCCAGACACGCUGGAGAAACUGAAAUUUGUUCUCGGUGUGGUGAGCCAAAUUAUGUCCAUGUCCAUGGACCAAGAGGCGCGUGUCGUUCACGAGGUGCAGGAACGGUAUCGGACCCUUGUGAUCCACAAGUUCGAACCUUUGGACCAAGAGAACGAAGUGGACGCAGCGAACGCCCUGCCGGAGCAGUGGAAAGCGCUGAAAGACUUGGCGCUCACGAGGGACAGGCGGUUGGUAUCGGUAAAGGAGACGUUUUCGCAAGUCACGGAGACCCAAGUGAAAGAGUUCAACGACGAGCUGAUUGAUGUCUACAAAGAAUUCGCGUCCUCCGGCCCCGCCACCGCGGGCUUGCAAACAGCCGCGGACGGCGGCGAGCUGACGUUGGAGGAAGGCCGAGAAUUGAUGAAGAGGUAGAUUCCGUUGCUUUUUCGCUGGUGCUCCUUCACAGGUUUUGCGAGGCAUGUGUUUGAUCUGUUUUACUUUUUUUUUGAGCACAGGUUUUGAAAUUGAAAAUUAUCUUCCAGAUACGAAUCCGACCUGAAGACGUACAUGAAGCGUCGCGAGGAGCUCGUGAAGGCCCAAACUCUGUUCCAGCUCCCCAUUGUAGCCUGCCCAGAGCUCGCAGCCAUGGACCGGGAGAUGAAAAUCAACCGAGCCAUCUACGACGUUUUUUCCGCGCACGCUGCCAUGGUCCUCGAGUUUUCGUCGGUCUCCUGGAAGAACCUCGAUCUGGAGGCGCUCAACAAGUCCGCCGAGGAUUUCGACAAGAAGGUGCGCCGGAUGCCAAAGGACAAGAAGGAAAUCGGCGAGGUGCCGGCGUUCGGAACUUUGGAAAAAACUGUUUCUGAUUUCAAAUCUUCCGUUCCCUUGAUCCAAUCUUUAAAGCACCCGGCGAUCAAGCCACAGCACUGGAAGGAGCUGCAGGAACUCGCCGGGGGGAAUGACGACCCCGAUAUGGACGAGGCCGCGAAAAAGAAAGCGGAGUUGGAUCCCACAAAGAUGACGUUGUUGCAGGUUUUCCGACUCGGCUUGCACCGUUUCCCGGAGGAAGUGAACGAAAUUGUCAUCACCGCGCAGAACGAAUUGAAGAUUGAAAACGAGUUGCAGAAGGUGGAUGCGUUCUGGCGGAGCUGCGACUUCCAGAUGUACCCGCACAAGGGUGACAUUCAGCUGCUGCAGCCGAAUGAGGAAAUGCGUUUGGUGUUGGACGAUCACUUACUAACUCUGCAGUCCAUGGGCGGUUCGAAGUACGCGGCGAAGCUGCUGGACGUGAUCAAAAGGUGGGAGAAGAAUCUCUCCAUCGUGUCCGAGGUGUUCGACGUGUGGCUGCAGUGCCAGCGGAAGUGGAUGUACUUGGAAUCCAUUUUCCUGGAGUCCGACGACAUUCGCCUGCAAUUGCCGGAGGAAGCGAAGAAGUUCGACAAGGUGCACAAGCAGUUUCUGGGCAUCAUGGUCGCCACAAUCCAGAACAAAAACGUCAUGAACGCCUGCUGCGCGCAGGAGGGCGCCCGGUACGCCGAGUUUAAGGAUCUCAUCGGCGCGUUUGACAAGAUCCAGAAAUCGCUAACCGACUACCUGGACACCAAGCGGUCCGCCUUCCCGCGGUUCUACUUGAUCUCCGACGACGAGCUGCUGUCGAUUCUCGGCACCAGUGACUGCUUGGCGGUGCAACCCCACAUGAUCAAGGUGUUCGACAACUGCAAGGAACUGAGCUUCCCCCGGCCAAAAGUCGUCGCGGGAAUGUGGUCCGAGGAAAAGGAGUUCCUGACGUUCCACGAGACGCAGAUGGCGGAGGGGGCGAUCGAGGAUUGGUUGAACCGCGUGGAUUACCAGAUGCAGGAGACCCUGCUCCGGUUAUCGAAAAAGGCAGUGUGGACCUACGCAUCGGAGCCGCGUAUCGAGUGGCUGCAGCAGUACAACGGCAUGGUCGCGAUUCUCGGGACCCAGAUCUGGUGGACCUGGGUCGUGGAGGACGCGUUCCGCAAAGUGGCGGCUGGGGACAAGAACGGGAUGAAGACGGAGUUGUCGAACCAGAACCAGCAGGUGACCGACCUGGUGCUGCUGGUCGGGUCGGACAUCUCGAAGCAGCAGCGGAAGAAGGUGAACUCGUUGAUCAUCUUGGAUGUGCACGCACGGGACAUUGUGGAUCGGUUCGUCAGGGACAGCGUCUUGUCCGCCGACGACUUCGACUGGGAAUCGCAGCUGCGGUUCUACUGGGAUCGCAGGAUAGACGACGUCCAGGUAGAAGUGCGUGAAUGUCAUGCCUUGUUCUCUUGAGAUAGAAAACUUAAACUUUGCCGAGUAGUCGCGAGUGCACUUUGUAAAAAAAAGUUGUCAUCCGUGAUCUCUUGUGACCACGCAAAGAGUUCUUUCUACCGCCGACUACUAACUAUUGAACAGGUAAAGCAAUGCACGGGUGUGCUCCGCUACACGUACGAGUACCAAGGACUGAAUGGGCGGCUGGUCAUUACCCCGCUUACCGAUCGUUGCGUGAUGACACUCACUACCGCGCUCACCUUCUACAUGGGCGGCGCCCCCGCCGGGCCCGCCGGUACGGGUAAGACCGAAACCACCAAGGAUUUGGCGAAAGCGCUCGCGAUCCCCUGCGUCGUGACAAAUUGCGGUGACGGUCUGGAUUACCGGGCGAUGGGUGUGAUUUUCUCCGGGUUGUCCGAAACCGGAUUCUGGGGCUGCUUCGAUGAGUUUAACCGAAUCAAUCCGGAGGUGUUAUCCGUGGUGGCGGCGCAGAUCAAGACGAUCCAGCUCGGGCUGGCCGCGGGUAGCAAGACCAUCGAGAUGUUGAACCGCGAGGUUGCGCUGAAGGUCACGAUCGGGUACUUCAUCACGAUGAAUCCCGGUUACGCGGGGCGUUCCGAGCUGCCGGAUAACUUGAAGGCACUGUUCCGGCCGGUGACGAUGAUCGUUCCCGACUUGAUGAUGAUUUGCGACAAUAUGUUGAUGUCCGAGGGUUUCCUGCUGUCGAAGGUGCUCGCGAAAAAGAUGACCGUGUUGUACGCGCUUUCCGCCGGACAGCUGUCCAAGCAGUACCACUACGAUUUCAAACUCCGCGCGCUGAAGUCAGUCCUUGUCAUGGCGGGGGAUAUGAAGCGCGGGUCUCCGGAUCUCGGGGAGGAUGUGGUGCUGAUGCGCGCGUUGCGUGAUAUGAACAUCCCGAAGUUUGUUAAGCAGGAUGUGCCGCUGUUUCUCGGGCUGUUGAACGACUUGUUUCCGGGCCUGGAUUGCCCACGUGUCGGGAACCCGGAGCUGAAGCAGGGGAUCAUCGACGUCUUAACGGAGAAUCACAACCGCCCGGAGCGCAGCAAAUACGACGAGACAUUCGAUUUGCAAGUGGAUAAGGUACUAAGUACCAUGGAGAAAACAUUCUGGAAUAUUUUCUUGUAUGAUCUUCUGGUGGCCCGCCGUGGUUCUUGUAGUAGUUGCGGUUGUGUUGAUGUUUCUUCGCUAGAAGCGUGUCUCUUUUUGUUAAGCGAAGCAGGAGGAUAAAUGUUUGCCUCUGUUGUGAUGAUUGUGAAUCUGAAAAAUCACGACCCACGCAGGUUAUGCAACUGUACGAGACCAUGCUCACCCGCCACUCGACAAUGGUCGUCGGCCCAACCUGCGGUGGCAAAUCUGUGUGUGUCGACACGCUGGCCGGCGCGCAGAAGAAAGCGCUGGCAUUGCCAACCAAGAUUUUCCCGAUCAACCCGAAGGCGUAUAGAAGUGCACAACUCCCCCUCCCCCUCAUUUGUAUUGCAUGAACAGCAAUACAAGCGCCAGCAAGAAUACAGAUUUCGCAUGACAAAUUUGGACAGGAUUGUAGUGCUAUUUGGGCUGCCAGAACUUGUCACGCAAACAGUGCCGAGAGCCAAGGCGUAAAUUAGGUAUUUUGCAUGACAAAUGAGGGGGAGGGGGAGUUGUGCACUCUCAUAAGGCGGUUACUACCGACGAGCUCUACGGUGUUUUGAACCCCGCAACGCGUGACUGGACGGAUGGACUGCUUUCCAAGAUUUUCCGUGACAUGAACAGCAAUUACGACCCGAAGAAGCCGGAGCGCAGGUACAUCAUGUACGACGGAGAUGUGGAUGCAUUGUGGAUUGAGAACAUGAACUCCGUCAUGGACGACAACAAACUCCUGACACUCCCCAACGGUGAGCGUAUCAGGUUAGAGGGGCACUGUGCGAUGUUGUUCGAAGUCUACGACUUGCAGUACGCGUCUCCCGCAACCGUGUCCCGUUGCGGGAUGGUGUACGUGGACGACAGAAACUUGGGUUGCGGCCCGUACUACGACCGGUGGGUGAGGCUGAAGUGCGGCACGCACCAACCGAUGAAGGAGCUGCUGUUGGAAUGCUUCGACAAGUUCUACCCGCAGCUGGUUUUGUACGUGUACGAGGGGCGAGUGGGCGACUCUGUCGGAGAGCCGGUUUCAUUGCAAAUCCCCCGAAGUCAGGUCGGUACGGAUGCGAUGUACCAGUUCACGAGGCUAUUUGACUCUCUGAUCGCGGACGUGGACGACAGCCAGGGCCCGAAAGAGGGCGAGGACGUGGGCUCGCGUGACACCAUGAUGACGACGUCGGGGAACGAAAUCUCCCUCGACCUGCUGGAGCAUGUCUACGUUCUGUGCCUCGGUAUAGAAUCUUUCGAGUAAGAAGUUGUACUUCUAGGUGUAGGCUCUUGCAGCUUUAUAUAUUUUUCAAUACAAGCGAUAAGUCUAAGUAUGAGCGUUGUGCGUGUGCACUCCUCGCUGUUGUAUCGCCCUUAUUUCUUGCUCGAUGACGUCGAAAAAUGAACUGCCCGACAGUCUGGUCCAUCGGCGCCGCGGUCGACGAGGAGGGCCGUAAAAAGUUUGACGAGUUCAUCCGCAAGCGCUCGGGCAAGAUGAUGCCCAGCUCCCCGCUCUAUGACAAUUACUUCGAUUUCGAAUCCAGCGGCCGCUGGGUGCCAUGGGACGAUCUGAUCCAGGAGUGGGCGCCGCCAAACGACAUCAACUUCAACCAGAUUUUGGUCCCGACGGUGGAUACCACGCGGUACAGCUGGUUGAUCAAGCGGUUCAUGUCGGUGUCCCAGCCGACGCUGUUCGUUGGUGAGUCCGGUACGGCAAAGUCUGUCACGACGCAAGCGUGCCUGGAAACUGGGUGGAGCAACGAGGAGAGCAUCAUCUUGAACAUCUCGUUUUCCUCCCGAACGACGUCAAUGGACUUCCAGAGGACGAUUGAGGACAACGUCAGCAAGCGCACCGGGCGCCAGUACGGGCCGGAGGCGGGGAAGCGAUUGCGCGUGUUCAUCGAUGAUCUCGCGAUGCCCAAGAUCGACACGUACGGCACGCAGCAGCCGCUUGCGUUGCUGAAGUUCCUGGUGGAGCGUGGCUACUUCUACCACCGGUUGGAAUUAGAGCGCAUGCUGAUCCUUGACUGCGACUUCAUCUCCGCGAUGCAGCCACCGGGCAGCGGAAGGAACCACAUCGACCCGCGUGUCGUUUCCCUUUACGCGAUUAUCGGCGUGCUGGCGCCGUCCGUGUCCACCGUGGAGCGGAUUUACGCUUCGAUUCUCGCGUUCCGCUUCCAGAACGGCGCGUUUGCCGAUGGGGCGAAGGACGCAACCCUGAAACUGCCCCAAUGCGCCAUGGAACUUCACAACAACAUCAUCGCAGCACUGCCGCCGACGCCGUCGAAGUUCCACUACAUCUUCUCGCUCCGAGAUCUGUCCCGCGUGUUCCAAAACCUGUUUCAGACCGGGGUGCCAGAAACUUUGUCCAGCGACGUGCAAGUGGUCCGCAUGUUCAGAAACGAGUGCUUGCGGGUUUAUGACGACCGGCUGAACGACGACAAGGACAAGGAGUUCGUGGCGAACCAAAUGAAGUCCAUCAUCGGCAGCAACUACAGUGCCGUCGCGGAGAAAGUCAUGACCGACCCCUUGGUUUUCGGCGACUUCCAGGACGCUUUAGACCACAUGUCGAAAUCCGAAACCCCCUGGCUGAUGCAGCGGCAAUACGUGGACCUCAACGAAUGGGCAAACGUGAAGAAAACCAUGUCGGCGGUGCUGGAAAACUACAACUUGGAGAACAAGAUCAUGAACUUGGUGCUGUUUAUCGAUGCCAUGGCGCACUUGACCAGAGUGCACAGGAUCAUCCGGAUCCAACGAGGCCAUGCGCUCUUGAUCGGUAUUGGUGGUAGCGGAAAGCAAUCCCUAACCAGGCUCGGAACCUACACAGCCUGCUACACGCUGUACGAGAUCCAACUGUCCCGUGGGUACGGCGACAGCAACAUCCGCGACGAUUUGAAAGCGCUCUACACCGCGGCGAUUAAGAAGCCGCACAGCUUCCUCUUCCGUGAUCAGGACGUCGUGCAGGAGGGCUUCUUGGAGUACAUCAACAACAUCUUGACUGUCGGUAUGGUGCCGGCGUUGAUGGCAGAUGACGAGAAGGAGCCACUGUACCAGGUAGCACGGCCCGAAGCGAAGAAGCAGGGCAUUCCGGAAACCGGACUGUGGGGCUUGGUCGUGAAUAUGCUGAAGGACAACUUGCACAUGGUCCUCGCCAUGUCCCCGGCGGGAUCGCAACUCCGGACCCGGUGCCGGAACUUCCCCGGUUUGGUUUCCUGCUGUACGAUCGAUUGGUUCUUCUCCUGGCCGGAGGACGCGCUGUUAGCGGUCGCGGAGUACUUCCUGCAACCCGUGGAGCUCCCACCCGAGAACCGCGACCAGAUCGCGAAGACCAUCUCCUACGUGCACACCAGCGUGACCACCAAUUAUUCCCCGGAGUUUGAGGCGAAGUUCAAGCGAAAGAACUUCGCGACGCCCAAGAACUACUUGGAUUACUUGGCAAACUACGCUGAGUUUUUGGAACUCAACCGGGGCAACACCGACACGCUGAAGAAGCGACUGGGCGGCGGUUUGGAGAAGCUCAUCGAGGCUGCGGACCAGGUGGCGGUGAUGCAGGUGGAACUGAGUAAAAAGGUGGUGGUGGUGGACGAGAACGCGAAAAAUGUAACGGCUCUGAUCGAGGAGAUCAAGCAGAAGACCGAAGUCGCGAACAAGCGGCAAGAGGAGGCGAAUGCGGCCGCAGCGAAGAUCGAGGCCGACAACAUCGUCAUUUACUCCCGUAACGCACCCCCUCCCAAGGCCGUCCGAAAAACUCCGAAAACAUUACGACAACAAUCCGAAAGCGGAGACGAAAAACAACGGGGCAGCGACUCGAAAAAGCUUCUUCACGGUUCAGAAGAUAAUCGGUCCGCCGCGACUCGGUUUGUUGGCGAAGCAACAUUAACACAAAGCGCUUCGAAGCUUUGAACUGCCGGCGUUUUGCGCAGUCCACAAAAAGCGAUCCGCGGCAGGUCUGGACCACAUGGCAGCGAAAACGCGCAAAAGUGUGGGCCGCAUACCAUCGGCGCUGUGUGUACACGCGCCAGCCCCGGGCGGAUUACGUAGGCGCCCAACGCGCAAACGCGUGGGGCAGCAGCGUGGCCAUGUGGCCGCGGCGGCACGCCGAUGGUUUUACAGGGGGAAGAGGCGGGCCGUUUGGCUUUCUUUUUACUUUUCCCCAGCAUAUCAAGCAAGCCCCGACCGUUUUCGCAAUGAGGCCGAUGGGCUGAGAUGCGAACCAGGCGGGUCGUUCUGGUUUUCUCGCUUUCAGCGAACGGCGGAUGUAGGUGGGGACAAGGGGAGUCGUAUGGCUGUGAUGCUGGGAGUGCGCACACCACCACAAAAGGCGCGCGCCCCACACCAUCGGGGCUGCGUGUACACGCGCCAGCCCCGAGCUGCCCACGCAGGGAUCCAACGCGCAAAAGCGUGGCCCGCAUACCAUCGGCGCUGUGUGUACACGCGCCAGCCCCGAGCGGAUCAUGUAGGCGCCCAGCGCGCAAACGCGUGGGGCAGCAGCAUGGCAACGAGGCCGCGGCGGCACGCCGAUGGUUUUAGAGGGGGAGGAGGCGGGUCGUUUGGCUUUCUUUCUAUUUGUUUUUAUUUUUCCCCAGCAUACCAGGCAUGCCCCGACCGUUUCCGCAAUGAUGCCGGUGGAUUGAGAUGCGAACCAACCAGGCGGGUCCGUCUGGUUUUCUCGCUUUCAGCGAACGGCGAAUCUAGGUGGGGACAAGGCGAGCCGUUUGGCCGUGGUGUUGAGAUGCGAACAAGGUGGGUCGUUCUGGUUUUCUUGCUUUCAGUUAACGCCAGGGGGCCGGUGGAUUUAGGUGCGGACAAGGCGAGCCGUUUGGCCGUGGUGCUGGGCGUGCGCACACCAUCACAAAAGGCGCGCGCGCCACACCAUCGGGGCUGCGUGUACACGCGCCGGCCCCGAGCUGCUUACGCAGGCACCCAACGCGCAAAAGCGUGCGCCGCAUACCAUCGGCGUUGUGUGUCCACGCGCCAGGCCCGGGCGGAUUACGUAGGCACCCAGCGCGCAAAGAAACGCGUGGCGCAGCAGCAUGGCAGCGAAGGAGGUCGCGGCGGCGCGCCGAUAGUUUUAGAGGGGGGCAAGGCGGGGCGUUUGGCCGUGAUGUUGGGCGUGCGCUAACAACUACCACAAAAGGCGCGGACGCCACACCAUCGGGGCGGCGUGUACACGCGCCCCCGGCCUGCUUAUGAUAUGGGGGCGCCCCCCCCGGCGCGCAAAAGUGCGAGCAGCAUAUCAAGGCGGCCCGCCGAUGGUUUUAGAGGGGGACGAGGCGCGCCGUUUGGCCAUUUUCUUUCUCCCGCCCACCAUCUCAGGCCAGCCCUGAUCUCCUUCGUUCGCAAGAAGAUCGACGGGCUUAGGCGGGAACAGGGCGAGCCGUUUGGCUUUUCUUCUUUUCUGGGUGGAAGUCGCGGGCGAUUUCAUGUUCCGCAAAGGAGUGCAUCACGUCCGCGUCUCCGGAGUGCAGCAAGUCCGCGACUCCGCAAAGAAUCCGAAACUGCCUCCCAUUUUUUCGCUCCGAAAAUUUCGCCGCCUGCUAUGAUGAAGGCGGCCGCUUUUUUUCGCAUCUUCCCGACGCCUUUUGCGGAGUCUUUUCGGAGUCUCUUCGGAUUCUUAAAAGUUGCGUAUCGUGGGGGUUUUGGGUAGGCUGAAAAAAAGCUAUUAAAGAGGGCACACAUCAUGCAAACCCGACCAAAACAGCGAAGGCCUAGAAAAAACAUCGGACGCAGUGCCGUCGUGGGUAACAUUACCCCCGAUGGUAUUGCUGCCGGUUCCUGGGCGCCCAACUUUCCCCGGUCUGGUCGCGCUGUCUCUCUCGAUCUGUAAAGGCAAAAGCACACACAACCCGACGACGCGGCCGGCUAUCUUAUUGGUUGUGUCUCUCGAUCUGUAAAGGCAAAAGCACACUACACAACCAAACGACGCGGCUCUCUAUCUUAUUUGUUUCAGGAUGCGCGUACUUUAUUGCUGUCAGUUGUGUUUUCAGUUAUUGUUGGGGGUUAGAGUGCCGCAGCCUUGUAGAGUUAGGCGCUAUGGUUGUUCUCAAUCUUGUGAAAGAUUCGUUUGCUGCAUACACCUCGCGAACAAGAUACACUCGAAAAAAAUAGCACAAAGGAUCCUGCAAAGGCAGUUUUGGCUGUACACUCGAAAAAAUUAGUCAUCAGCUGUAGUUGCGCAAAGAAUUGCUUGAUAUGCUGGGGAAAAGCAAAAAGAAAGCCCAGCGGCCCGCCUCUUCCCCCUCCUUGCCGCCGCGGCCUCGUUGCCACGCUGCUGCCCCAUGCGUUUGCGCGUUGGGCGCCUACGUAAUCCGCCCGGGGAUGGCGCGUGUACACACAGCGCCGAUGGUAUGCGGCCCACACUUUUGCGCGUUGGGUGCCUGCGUAAACAGCUCGGGGCUGGCGCGUGGACACGCAGCCCCGAUGGUAUGCGGCCCACACUUUUGCGCGUUGGGUGCCUGCGUAAACAGCUCGGGGCUGGCGCGUGGACACGCAGCCCCGAUGGUGUGGGGCGCACGCCUUUUGUGGUGGUGUGCGCACGCCCGGCAUCACAGCCAUAUGGCUCGCCUUUUCCCCACUUAAAUCCCCCGCGCGCUGAAAGCGAGAAAACCAGAACGGCCCGCCUCUUCCCCCUCUAAAACCACCGGCGUGCCGCCGCGGCCUCGUUGCCAUGCUGCUGCCCCACGCGUUUGCGCGUUGGGCGCCUACGUAAUCCGCCCGGGGCUGGCGCGUGUACACACAGCGCCGAUGGUAUGCGGCCCACACUUUUGCGCGUUGGGUGCCUGCGUAAACAGCUCGGGGCCGGCGCGUGGACACGCAGCCCCGAUGGUGUGGGGCGCACGCCUUUUGUGGUGGUGUGCGCACGCCCGGCAUCACAGCCAUACGGCUCGCCUUUUCCCCACUUAAAUCCCCCGCGCGCUGAAAGCGAGAAAACCAGAACGGCCCGCCUGCUCUCGUCUAUCUGCGCCCAGUCCCUUCCUGUUUCUAUCUCGGUCGUGCCGGUUGCUUUUCUUUAUAAUUUACGACUUGCGUCCUCUCUGUUUCUUAAGUUACAGCAGCGCGUUUGUUUCUAAAGUUAUGAUCGUACUAGACUGCUACUAAAGUUAUGGUCUACGACCAUGGCAGCGACGGACUUGCUCUCUGCGAUCUACUUGUUCGUCGACCGUGAUGGCAAAGGCGGCAGAGCCCAACGCGAUCGCAAAACGGCCACAGGGGCGGGCCGUUCGAUCAGGAGCGGGCGGAGGGUCUUCAGCUCAUUUUUGGCAAGUCCCUCCGCAGCAAUUCUCAUUCGCAGUUUCGUAAUCUCGUCGGAAUCCCUUCGGAGUUUUUUCAUUUGUGAGCAAGGGGGUGCGUUAUGGGAGUAAGUCAUCGUGCGGGAGAAGGCCGACGCCGAUCAAGCGUAUGGAUUGUAAAAAUGUCUGGGUCUGGAGGAUUGCAACUUGUAAUGCUAGCUUUCCAAACCUAGAAAAUCUGUAUUGCAUAUACCAACAAAAGUCGCAGCCUCUUUUGUCAUGCAUAGACGCAGUUUCUCAUGCGGAUUGCCUAUGAGAAAGCGUUUUGGGAAGUUGUCACGCCGGACUGCAUUCGGAAGUGUUUUCAUCAUGCACAUUUUAGCAUCACAAGUUUCCAGACCCAGACAUUUUUGCAUUUGAUAAAGCGCUGCAGGCAGCAAUGCCAGCGCUGGCCGCGGCGGCGGAAGCGUUGGAGAACCUCGACAAAAAGGACAUCACGGAGGUGAAGGCAUUCACGACCCCGCCACCCGCGGUCGCUGCGGUGACCAAGUGCAUCAUGAUUCUCAGACCACUGGGAAAGGAAAACCCCGCAGACGGCUGGGCGGGCGCGAAGGCGAUGAUGUCAGAUACCGGGUUCCUGCGUUCCCUGCAAACCUACCCGAAGGAUGACAUGAAGGAGCGUCAGAUCCAGCAAAUCCGAGUGGUGUUCAACGCGGAUAAGGAGACUCUGGUAGAUAACGACGGCGCGAAGAUGAAAACCAUUUCCAAGGCCGGUUACGGUCUUCUGCAGUGGGUACGACUUUUUUCAUGUUGAUGUAGUGGCUUUGAUGUUGUAUACUUGUUCGCGUAGUUGGCAACAUCCUCGAAUAGUCAGUCUCGGACAACUCCGAGUGAAUUUUUUUCUGGAUUCAAAUGGCACGUUUGUUACGUUCUUACGUUCGGCCUCGACCUGAAAGUUUUAGUAUCAACUGUCUUGUAGUUCAAGUUCUUGUUUACCCAGAGGCAAGUCUACACGACCCUAUUGAAUAAAAACAGACGCUCGCGAUGACGAAGUACUACGACGUUGCCAAGACCGUCGCGCCCAAGAAGGCACUGGUGAAGGAAUUGCAGAACCAGAAAGAAGAGGCGGAAGCCAACCUGGAAGCCAUCAACGAGGAACUGGAGGAGUUGUCCAAGAACUUGGGCAAGCUGCAGGCUGACGAGGCCGAGCAGUCGGCGAAGCUGAAGGAACUGAAGGACGAAGCAGAUUUGAUGCAGCGGCGUCUGGGUGCCGCGUCACAGCUGAUUACCGGUCUCGCGGGAGAACGCGUUCGCUGGACUGCGGACCUGGAGGUGCAGGGGGAGAUCAGGACAAGGUUAGUCGGCGAUUGCUUGAACAACGCCGCUUUUGUCUCCUACGCCGGUCCCUUCAACUACGAAUUCCGAACGGAAAUGGCCUACGUGGACUGGUACGGCUACAUUAAGGACAACAAGAUUCCGAUCAGCGAAAAAUACAGGCUGGAAGAUUUGCUCACGAGUGAGGUCGAGGUCGCUGCCUGGAACGGCUUCGGGCUGCCGGCGGACGAACUGUCGAUUCAGAACGGUAUAAUUAAUGAAAAAGUUUAAUCGGCUAAAUUUUCGCAGGAUUUUGCUUUCUCUGUUGCAUGUUUUUUGCAGUGUGAAAUUAUGCAUUCUCAGCUGCACCAGCACCCCGCAGAAAUAGAGAAUCCCAAUGACACAUCACAUUUCAGGUAUUCUGGUCACCCGUAGCGCCCGCUACCCGCUGUGCGUUGACCCGCAGAUGCAGGCGGUGAACUGGAUCAAGAAAAAGGAGGCGAAAAAUGGGUUGACCGUGAAGACCUUCAACGACGACUACAUCAAGUUUCUCGAGCUGGCGAUCACCUACGGAAAGCCCUUUUUGUUCGAGAACCUGGACGAAGAACUGGACCCCAUGAUCGACCCGGUUUUGGAGAAAGCCUACACGAUCGUUUCCGGCCAGAAGAUGCUGCAACUCGGGGACAGCGAGCUCGAAGUUUCCCCGACGUUUCAGCUCAACCUGUGUACGAAGCUGUCCAACCCCAGCUACACGCCGGAAGUGAUGGGCAAAGUCUCGAUCGUGAACUGCGUCAUCACGCUCGACGGGCUCGCCGCGCAGCUGCUGAACGUCGUCGUUGGAUUCGAAAGGCCGGACCUCGAGGCGCAACGCGCAGCCCUGGUGCAGCAAAUGAGCGACAACCGGCAGAUUCUGAAGACGCUGGAAGACAUAUCCUGAGUAAAAACGUCCCCACCCCAGAGUCAAGAUGGGGAUUUUGCAACACAAACAUUGAAGUUUUGGGAACCACGCAUGACAAAUUGCAGGCUGUAGUGUAGUGCAGUUUAGCAAGGGAAGCCGCAUAACAAAUCGAUCUCCUUAUGCUGUUUACAGCAUUACAAGUUCCAAAACACGAUUGAUUUUGCCCAUCAUGGGAUCGCGCAUUACAAACGCUCUUGUGCUCGCAGAUCUGCAUCACAUCUCUGGGGUGGGGACGUUUUUACUCAGGAUAAGACACCUUGCUAAGGGAACUCGCGAACAGUAAGGGCUCGAUUCUGGAUAACGAGGAUUUGAUCAAUAUCAUUUGUAAAAACGUCCCCACCCCAGAGUUGUAAUGCAAAUCUGCAUGCUGAAAAUGUUUCUCAUGCGGAGAUCCAUGAGAAGCAGUUUCUAGUCGUGUUUUGGGAUUUGUGAUGCUAGAAUCAGCAUGAUGUGCUAGAUCUGCGAUGCUGCUGAAGAAGCUAAACAGGAUUACACUACGAGGCCAAACUUGUCAUGCGCAACAGCAAAAGCUGACAGAUUUGUCUAGCAGAUUUCCCAUCCCGACUCUGGUGUGGGGACGUUUUUACUCAGGAUAAUCAACACCCUGAACACCGCGAAGGCAAAGUCCAUCGAGAUCGGGGAAUCGCUCGCUGCAGCGGCGUUGACUUCAGUGGAAAUCGACAAAGCGCGAUCGAGUUACACGAAAGUCGCGAAAAGAGGUUCGAUUCUCUACUUCACGAUGAGCGGACUCGUCGCGAUUUCCAAUAUGUACGAGUACUCGCUGGGAAGUUACCUGGAAGUUUUCAGCAACGCGAUUGCGGAGGCGAAACCGGACAGGAUCCUGGACAACCGGUUAAAAAAUCUGAGGGAGAAGAUCACGCAAAUGAUGUACGACUACACGUGCAUGGGGAUUUUCGAGAAGCACAAGCUCCUCUUCUCCUUCAAGAUGACCACCAUGAUCAUGAAGGGCGAUGACGAGCUGGUGCAAAAGGAAUUCGACUUUUACAUGAAGGGGAACCCGAGCCUGGAGAAGCCGCAGAAGCAGAACCCGUACAACUGGAUAUCGGAAGGGGCUUGGAAGGAUUUGGAACUCCUCUCCACCUUGGAUCCAUCGAUGAAAACCCUCUGCGACGACAUCAUUUCCAAGGGCGGCGAGUGGCGCGCGUGGUACGACUUGGAAACCCCGGAGUCGGAGACCCUCCCCUGCGGGUUCAGCGAACUGGACCCCUUCAAGCAGAUGCUGAUCAUCCGCUGCUUCCGCCCGGAUCGGAUCAUCAACGCAACGAAAAAUUUCAUCAUGUGGAGGCUGUACGACUACUUCGUGCAGCCACCGUCAUUGGCGUUUGACAAGAUCUACGCACUUUCGUCAGAAAGGUCGCCGAUUGUCUUCGUCUUGUCCCCCGGUGCGGAUCCGCAGUCGGAUCUGCAGAAGUUGGGGGAAGCGAUGGGUUUCGUCGGGCCGAAGUUCCGCUUCGUCUCCCUCGGUCAAGGCAUGGGCCCGGUCGCGGCCGCGAACAUCGAGUCGGGGUGGCAGCGCGGGCAGUGGGUGAUUCUGCAGAACUGUCACUUGCUGGUGUCGUGGCUGAAGACGCUGGAGAAAAUUCUCGAGGGGAUCACGAAGCCGAACAAGGACUUCCGGCUGUGGCUGACCACCAUGCCGAUCGACGACUUCCCGAUGGGCAUUCUGCAGAAAUCCCUCAAGGUCGUGACCGAACCGCCAGACGGUUUGAAACUGAACAUGAAGCAAACCUACACGAAGAUGACGGAUGAGGACCUGACCUUGUGCCCACAUUGGGCGUUCAAGCCGCUCAUCUACGUCCUCGCCUUCUUCCACGCGAUUGUGCAGGACAGGAGAAAGUUCGGGAAGAUCGGUUGGAACGUCGCCUACGACUUUAACGAAUCGGAUCUGAAGAUUUCGAACAAGUUGUCCGCUUUGUACCUGCAGAAAUCCUUUGACCAAGGCGCCGUCAUCCCCUGGGACACGUUAAGGUAUCUCAUCGGUGAAGCCAUGUACGGCGGGCGUGUGACGGACAACUACGACAGGAGGGUACUGAAUACGUAUCUGGAGGACUACAUGGGCGACUUCCUCUUCGACGACAAUGUGCCCUUUUUCUUCAGCAAAGACGGCUUCGAGUACACGUGUCCCAUGGAGGGGGACCAUGCGGACUUCAUGACGCACAUCUUGGCGCUCCCGAUCUCGCAGAGUCCAGGUAUGGUAUGUUUUUGAUAAAAAUGCUCUUUGGUUUUUGUCUGACUUAUUCCGGCCUCUACUUGCUUUUUCUUCUAAUCCGUCGAGCGAUCAUGAUUUUAUUUUCCAAAAAUGUUGUUCCGAUGCACAGGUGUCUUUGGUCUGCACCCGAACGCCGAGAUCAACUAUUUCACCAACGCCGCCAAGGAGAUCUGGUUCGGCCUGCUCGCCAUGGAGACCGGAAGCGGCGGCAGCGACGGCGGGAUGAGCAAAGACGACUACAUCGCCAAGAUCGCGAACGACAUUCUGAAGCGCAUUCCGGACGACGACCUGAAAUUCAUCAAGGACGACGUGCCAACGCCGAACGAGGUCGUUCUGAUGCAGGAAAUGGAGCGCAUGAACGCGUUGACGAACCGGAUGUACGCGUCUUUGAAGGAUCUGAAGCGCGCGUUAAAGGGUGAGAUCGGUAUGUCGCAGGCGCUGGACGAGCUCGGGUCCAGCCUCUUCAACGGGUUCCUACCCACGAUGUGGGCGAAGCUGGCACCGCAAACGGAGAAGCCGCUCGGGAGCUGGAUGGACCACUACUCCAAGAGGUUUCUUCAAUACGACACGUGGGCGAAAGAGGGCGACCCGUGGGUCUUCUGGCUGUCGGGACUGCACAUCCCAGAAUCUCUGUUGUCCUCUUUGGUGCAGACGACGUGUAGGAAGAAGGGGUGGGCGCUGGAUAAGUGUACCAUGUACACGGAAGUGACCAAGUUCACCGACAAGGCGCAAGUCGACGCCCCCAUGGAGGACGGCACCUUCGUUGAGGGCAUGUACAUCGAGGGCGCCAGGUGGGACCUGCAGAACGGCUGCUUGGCGCGGCAGUUGCCGAAGGUGCUGGUGGAACAGAUGCCUUUGGUGAAGAUUAUUCCGGUCGAGGCAAACAGGCUGAAGUUGCGGAACAGUUUGCCAACACCGGUGUACAUCACGCAGCUGCGCAGGAAUGCCAUGGGUGUCGGACUGGUGUUUGAGGCAAACUUACACACCGAGGUGCAUCCGUCGCUGUGGGUUCUGCAGUCGGUCGCCUGCAUGCUCAACGACAACUCGUAAGCGCGCACCGUGGUUGCUGCAGAAAAAAAAACAAAUACUUGUUGAAAAUGUUUAACACAGACUAAGUCAUUUAACGCAGAGAAAGAACUUCUAAUUGCAGAAUGUCUCGUUUACCUAUGGUUUUCAAACCUAGACACAGUUACUUUUCCUAAUUCUAAUUCAAACAAACAAAUCGAAAUCUUUCGUUGGUGUUUUCUACUGAAACAAAAUAGCAGAUAUUGAAUCUUAAACCUAUAGCACGCGUCUUCUAGGGUCGUGAUUCGCUCACAACGCCUAGCAGAUCGGUGUCUGAAGCUUACUUUUGCUUUACUUUCACAGCAAUGAUUUGUACUAGCAGAGAUCGGUAUUCUAGGUUGAGAUUUCUAGACAAAAAUGCACUGCAGUCACCCCUGCCUUGAAAUUUGUCAACUACGCUGGCGCUUUUUACGGGUAGCGGGCGGAAGCGUGCUGCAGACGUGCGCUUUUCGCAAGUGCACCUUUGAGCUUUGUUACUUUUAAAUGCAUGAUUUCCAUGAUUCGUUUCUAUUUCGAAGUCUCUCUACUACUACACAUGACGAUGAAUCUGAUAGCUUUCUUGAACUUCAAAUGUUUGCAGUACGAAAUUAAGAGCAAGCUAAUAGCACUUGACUCGUUCUCUACUCCGUGCCCGACACAUCUACGCGCCAUGCAUAGCAGAAACUUUUGUCUCUGUUCGCCUCCAAUCGCUCGCUAAAGGAAAAGGAUCGCUUCUUUCGGUGCGAGAGUCAAGUAGUAUGCUUCGAAGUUCGCAUGGAUGUAUCACUCUCGGUUUUGCGUCGGCGCCGUACAGAUUUGCGAAGAUGAAAGAAGAAAAAGAAAAGCAAAGCUCGGACAACUAAGUUUUUGCCCGG